UUACAGGUGCACGGCUCGUGGGGUCUGCCGGCGUUCAUCUGCGACGUGUACAUUGCAAUGGACGUCACAUCGUCAACUUCGAGUAUAUUUAAUUUAGUCGCAAUCUCUGUUGAUAGAUAUAUCGCUGUAACACAACCAAUAAAGUACGCGAAGCACAAAAACAAUACACGUGUCUGGUUUACGAUAGUGCUUGUCUGGUUGGUGUCAGCGGCCAUCGGAGCUCCGAUAGUCCUGGGCCUCAACGAUACUCCUGACAGGAACUUCGACGAGUGCCUCUUCAACAGCCAGAACUACGUCCUCUACUCAUCACUUGGCUCCUUCUACAUACCCUGCAUCAUGAUGAUGUUCCUGUACUAUAAUAUUUUUAAGGCAUUAAGAAACCGAGCUAAAAAGCAAAGAGCCGCUAAGAAGCCUCCUGUAUCCGGAGAUCCAAUGACGGGAGCUACCACGGCUGUUGUGAUAGAGAACCUAGCCCAGACUAGGCAGCUGGAAACUGCGUUAGACGACAGACCAACUAACACCGGAUCCGGCAGCAAUGAAGACGAUCACGAAGACAGUUUCGACAAACGCUCAGUGGAUUUAGAAGUGGAUGCUGAUGAGUGCCACGUAAUCCCGAACAACAAAUCCACCGAAUUUAUGUUAGCAACUGUACCGGAGGAUAAAAUUAAGAAACCUAAGAAAAGUAUAAAAUCACAAUCAGUACCAGAUCCGAAUGGUAACAAUGAUUCUGGUUACGCACCAUCAAACUUGGAAGACACCAUUAGAGAGCACGUCUCACCUCCAGCAUCCCCCGCCACGAAGGACGCAACGGUACUGAAGAAUAUGGCUUGCGAUUCCAAGUGGAAGAAAAACGGAAAAAGAGUGGAUGCAGAUUCGAGAAAUGCAUCAAUUGCGUUCCGAUCUGAUGACGACCUCAGAUCGAGUCAUUACGACAUCCACGAUGGUUCGACAUGCAAAAAGGAACGAAAAGCCAGCGCCGCUACCGCAAGAUUUACUAUUUACAAGGCUAAUAAAGCGAGUAAAAAGAAAAGAGAGAAAUCUUCCGCUAAAAAGGAAAGAAAGGCUACUAAAACUUUAGCUAUUGUUUUGGGUGUAUUUCUCUUUUGCUGGACACCUUUCUUCACGUGCAACGUCUUGGACGCCAUUUGCGCUAAAUUCGGCCUUCAAUUCUCUCCAGGAGUCACGGUGUUCAUACUCAACACGUGGCUCGGCUACAUCAACUCCUUUCUAAAUCCUGUUAUCUAUACCAUCUUUAAUCCUGAAUUCAGAAAGGCGUUUAGGAAAAUACUCAAAUGCAGUACCUAG